CCCAGCAGGGUAGGCGGUUGUAGCUGAGAUGUUGUUGGACCUGCUCGUAACAUCUCCUCCCCAAAGCAUGUGACCAUGUGAUCACACUCACCGCAGCCAGACAGACGGAGAAAACGUGUGACCAAAAUACAGCAGGAGAAGCAUCAGCAGCAUAAAGACACCCUACCGAGGCUCAGACUCUCCUCCUUCAACCUCUUCAUCUCCACCAGACAACAUGGACUGCGGGAUUUUCACGUCCAAGUCCGUCCUCCUCUUCCUCAGCUUGGUAUUUUGGGUUGCAGGAGCGGCGUUGGCCUACGUCGGUGCCUAUGUGAUCAAGAGCUAUGACAACUUUGACAGUUUCAUUCAGGACAAGUACACAUUGGUCCCAGCAGCUAUCAUCAUUGGCGUCAGUGUGGUGAUGUUCAUUUUUGGUCUGGUGGGAUGCUGCGCCACUCUGCGGGAGUCCAAAGUCGGGCUUAGCUUUUUCUUUCUGAUCAUCAUGGGGAUCUUUGCAGCUGAAGUGGCUGCUCUGGUAUUUAGCUUCAUCUACCAAGGCAAGAUAAACGUAGACCUGGAGCGCUCCAUGAAUGAUGUCUUCAUGAAGUAUGAUGGACAAGGCGCUGAGACCAAAGCUGUGGACUACCUGCAGACUGAGUUGCAGUGCUGUGGUGUCAUGAAUUACACCAGCUGGUCCAACACAACCUGGUAUACCAGCAACAACAACACCGUACCUGUGUCCUGCUGCAAAAACAGCACUCAGUGCACUCGCAGACUUGACCAACCGGAUCAGCUUAACACACAGGGUUGUGAGGUGAAGCUGGAUCGCCUCCUACAGGAUGUGUUGGGUUACGCCAUGCUGGUCGUCCUGGGCUUCGCCAUCAUCAAGUUCUUCGGGAUGCUGAGCGUUUGUGUGAUCACCUGUAAAACCGGCAGCCGGAGGAGCGGCUACCAGCCUCUGUAUGCCUGAGCCACUUCAUGCAACCAACUACCACCUCUUAGUUUAGCUUGACUCACUUAGCAGUGACACAUCCAGAUCACUGUACAAAUUAUAUGUUUUAUUUAAAUAACGGCAUAUAAAGCACACACAAGAGGCAGUAUCUCAAUAUAUAGGGGACCUUGCCAGAGCAUUCCUCCACAUAUGAAAGCAGCAUGAAUGUUCCUCUGACAAGUUAAAUCACUUUGCUGAAUGUGCUUAUCAAUUUUGAUUGAUUAUUGUCUAAACUUUCGCCUUAAGAGUUUUCCAUAUGGUUGAGCAGCCAAAGGUCCCUGUACUGUUUUAGCCCAGCUACUGUAUUAUUCUUUGAUGAAGGACUUCAAACUAUAUAUUUUUUGUUGUUGUGAACAAAAGGACAUCAGUUUGUUGUUUUAUAUACAGUUACAAUAUUUAUAGCCAACUGAAUAACUCAAUUUAAUAUAAAUAAAUAUAUAUAUACACACACACACGUUUUAUGAUCAGUUAACUCUAUUGCGUUAUCUGACAAUUCUACCUAGCUAUACAUUGGUUGUGUUUAUUAUGUUUCUAAAUUAAAAUGGGUGAAAAUUUCCGAAUAAAUUGGAGUUUGGAGCAGUUAUAUCACAUUG